GUCUAUUGCUGUAAUUAAUUACCUUCCUUUUUGCAACCUUUCCUUUUCCAUUCUUCUAGUUUCUAUUACAAGUUUCAAACUUUCAAAUCUCAACACUUCAAAAUUCAUUAUUUUUUGUUACCCAUUUGAUUUGACUUUGCUCUCUGCCUCUUCAACACCGUCACAGAUCUCAUGGCUGGUCGCUAUGACAGUAACCCCUUCGCUGAAGAAGAAGUUAAUCCCUUCUCUGAUCCAGCUGUAAGGGGAAAAACAUCAAGCCAAUCAAACUAUAGUGGUGGUGCAUUUUACACAACAAAUCCUGGAAGUGUUCCACCUGCUACAAACUCAAGGCUUGCGCCUCUGAAGCCAGAGCGUGCUGAUUAUAAUAAUUAUGGCUUUGGUGAAACAGUUGAUAUACCUCUCGAUACAUCAACGGAUUUGAAAAAGAAGGAGAAGGAACUCCAAUCCAAGGAGGCUGAUUUGAGAAGAAGGGAACAGGAAGUGAGACGGAAAGAAGAAGCAGCUGCACGAGCUGGAAUUGUUCUCGAGGAAAAGAAUUGGCCACCAUUUUUCCCAAUUAUCCAUCACGAUAUUGCUAAUGAAAUUCCGGUUCAUCUUCAAAAAUUGCAAUAUGUUGCAUUUACUACACUGUUAGGACUAGUGUUGUGCCUUUUAUGGAAUGUUAUAGCUGUAACUGCAGCUUGGAUUAAGGGCGAAGGUGUAAAAAUAUGGUUUCUGGCGAUUAUCUACUUUAUAGCCGGGGUACCUGGAGCAUAUGUUCUGUGGUAUCGUCCAUUAUAUCGUACCUUUAGGACAGAAAGUGCUUUGAAAUUUGGAUGGUUUUUCCUGCUUUAUCUGAUUCACAUAGGAUUCUGCAUCUUAGCUGCCGUUGCUCCUCCUAUAGUUUUCAAAGGAAAAUCCCUGACGGGCAUUCUAUCUGCCAUAGAUGUGAUAGACAACCAUACUUUGAUUGGGAUUUUCUACUUUGUUGGAUUUGGAUUAUUCUGCCUUGAAACAUUGAUAAGCAUUUGGGUUAUUCAGCAAGUAUACAUGUACUUCCGCGGCAGUGGUAAGGCUGCCGAGAUGAAACGGGAGGUGGCAAGGGGAGCAAUGAGAGCUGCAAUCUGAUAUAUCGUUUUGUGGAGAAGACUGUAUGAAUGACUUUUGUAUGGAUCGAUGUUGUAUAUUACUAGCCACAAAAUACUUUGAAGAAAAAUAUUAUACUGAGUGUGAUUUUUGUGUAGUACAAGUUUUGUUUAUUUAUUUGUUUUUCUCGUUUAACAUGUUACCUAUUUAUGUGGUUUGUUAGUGUAUAUUGUGUAACCAGAGUUUUGACAUAACAGUGGCUGGUAGAAAUGUGCAAUAGUGAAAUUCUUGUCAUCUCAAUGAAAAA